AUGUGGAGUUCAACGAGGAGGGACAUGGGGGCUCACUGGAUCCCAAACCACUUUCUUCCCGUUCUUCAACCAGAAAACAAACUUGAUUCAUCUGCUGAUAUGUUGGAAGACGGACAAGUUGGGAGGCAAGAGCAGGUGGAGAUGAGCGAGAAUGGAAGAGAAGCAGGUGUUAAUGAAAGUGACAAUCAGAUUGAGGAAAAGCAUGAUGAAGCAGAUGCAAGUGUCGAUGUCAGGGACGAUCAGAUUGAGAGUGUCGAUGUCAGGGACGAUCCGAUUGAGAGUGUCGAUGUCAGGGACGAUCAGAUGGAGGAAAAGCAAGAUGAAGCAGAUGCAAGUGUCGUUGUCAGGGACGAUCAGAUUGAGAGUGUCGAUGUCAGGGACGAUCAGAUUGAGAGUGUCGAUGUCAGGGACGAUCAGAUUGAGAGUGUCGAUGUCAGGGACGAUCCGAUUGAGAGUGUCGAUGUCAGGGACGAUCCGAUUGAGAGUGUCGAUGUCAGGGACGAUCAGAUUGAGAGUGUCGAUGUCAGGGACGAUCAGAUUGAGAGUGUCGAUGUCAGGGACGAUCAGAUUGAGAGUGUCGAUGUCGGGGACGAUCAGAUUGAGAGUGUCGAUGUCGGGGACGAUCAGAUGGAGGAAAAGCAAGAUGAAGGAUAA